AGAACAUGAAAAUCUGAUCAAAAAGACAGUUUAUGUUUCUUCUACUACGUUGUUAAGUAUAAUCUCAUCUCAAUGUCUGCUAAUUCCAAGUCGGAGAGGUCUGCUUCUCAAUCGGCGGAGACGUUGGCUGUUUCUAACCGUGUCGUCGCGUCACGGUCAAGUCGUCAGCCGCGUCUCUCUUUCUCCUCCUUUGCUCCGUCAUCAGAGCACGAUUACCUAAAGAAGCUGAAAUCCGAUGAGAUUUCUCCGACGAGAGAGGAAGUUCCGGUGUCGGUGAAGGAGAGAGAAGAAACGGAGGAGGAGGAAGCGAAGAGGACAUGGAAUCUAAGGCCGAGGAAGGCUUGUGGUGGUUUGAAGAAAGGAAACGGCGUAUUCUCGACGGAGGUCUGCGGCGGCGGAGGAGGAGGAGGAGGUUCGGAGGUGAAGAAUCAGAAAUCAAGCGGAGGAAUGGAGCCGAAAUCGAACAGGCAGAGAGGAAUCCCGGCGGAAUCUCCUGGAUUAGGCGGUGGUGAGGUUACGAACGAGAAUCAUAGGCUUUGGGUUGCUCUUUCUCGAGACGAGAUCGAAGAAGAUUUGUUUAGCAUGAGUGGGAACAGGCCAUCUCGCCGGCCAAGAAAGAGGGCCAAAAAUUUGCAGAAAUAUCUCGAUGUCAUUUUCCCUGGUUUGUGUCUCGUUGGAAUGAAUGCUGAUUGCUUUAGAGUAUCCACUUCUCCGGCUAAGUGAUGAUCGAUGCAAAGGAGUCUUUUGGUGAAGGAAAAAGGGUAGAUAGGUAUGCUGGUGAUCAAGAAUCCAGAUACACCACAGUAGAAGAUAGGAAGAAGGUAUAUCAAGAGACAUGUUCUUGUCUCAUAUCAAACUUAGUAGUAACUAAAUUAUAAGUAAAUAUCGGUAAGUUCA